AUGGUUCCCCCACGACCCGCUGCUAACAGGCCCCACAUCUGCCUGACGGCGGUCCUCAUCAUGACCAGCCUGGCGCUGGUGGACGCCUACCUGGUGGAGCAGAAUCCUGGUCCCAGGAGGAUCGGUGUGUGCGUCACUGUGCUGGCUGGGGACGUGUGUUUCCUCAUCGUGCUGCGAUACAUCGCCGUCUGGGCUGCGUCUGAGGUGCACACGGCCCGGCGAGGCUACGCCAUGAUCCUCUGGUUCUUCUACAUAUUCAUCCUGGAGAUCAAGGUCUACUUUGUGUAUCAGAACUACAAGUUGCAGGAUGUGAAUGAAGACGCAGAGACAGACACCAGUGUGUCCAGGAGAGCUCUUACACUGCUGUUGUCUGUCUGCAUGCCGACGGUCUUCCUCACACUGGCGGCGAUAGAUCAUUUGGAGUACUUACGGCCGUAUAAGAAAAGAGAGGAGAUAAGGAGUCGGCUCUUCUGGGUGGUGGUGGACCUCCUGGACGUUGUAGACAUUCAGGCCAGCCUGUGGGAGCUUCAGAGGGAAGCGCUCCCCCUGUGGGUGGAGGGACUGAUGUUCUUUUACUGCUACAUCCUCCUCCUGGUGCUGCCCUGCGUCUCCCUGAGCGAGAUCAGCAUGCAGGGGGUGAACAUCGUCCCACACAAAAUGAUGCUCUACCCCAUCCUCAGUCUCGCCAGCAUCAACGUCAUCACCCUCUUGAUUCGUGGAGGAAACCUGCUGCUUUAUGGAGAUAUUCGAGUGUCUGGGAUCAUGAUGGGAAAGAACGUGGUCGCUGUAGUCGUGAAGAGCUGCAGUCUGGUCCAGUACAGAAAAUAUCUGCCGGCUUCUCCUCCCGCAGGUCGAGGAGCCGAGAUGCAGAAGAACUCUCUGGCUGAUGUUCGGAUGUCGAACACCCCGCCGGUGGUGCUGCCCAGAGUCGUGAUCGAGGACUUCACCACCAUACCAGAGGAAGAGGAGGGUGACGACAGAUGUGAGCAAACAUGA